AUGAAGUUCUUAAUAUAUGUGUGUUUCGUCGUGUUUGUUACUCAUAAUGUGACGGGACAGACAAUAGACCCUCUCUGUUCUAAUGUAGUUGACUUUGGCCAAUGUGCUAGCUCUGGGUCCUGUGACAAAGAAGUUAGUGUCUGUACCUGUUUUAAUGGACAACCAUAUUGUCGGUGCAAUAACCGAAAAGGUGAGUUUUACAUUGACGAAAGCUGUUCUCAGAGAUGGUCAAUACUGACCUUUUCCUUGGUGGCAUCUUUGCCCGGUCUCGCACUUGCUAUACUUGUGGGGGUGAUUGUUUAUGUGAUAAUGCUUUCAUCAAGCAAGAGCCACAAAAGAAACACAGUCAACACAGCUUCUCCCAAAGAACAGGCUCUAUUCCCCGGAAUGACAUUUGCCUCUGAUCUGAAUGGUCGACCGGCCCCUAACACAAGACCUAUGCCACAAAACCACAUUCCCAUGAUAACCAUUCCCAACAGUGCCAAUGGUAUGUCCGGUGGGACACGUGAUCAAACAAUGGGAGGUCCUUCUCGGCCCUACAGUUCAUCUAAUAGUAUGCACCCAUAUCCAGAUGGUGGAAAACCCCUUGAGUCAUACAGUGGCACACGUGAUCCUCCUGUGGAAGGUCCUGCUCGACCCUACAGCAGUUCAGCAGGUUACGGUCAGACUAUGAAUAACCCGUAUGCUAGAGAUUCACCCAGCCGAAACCCCUAUGACAACCGCGGUGCUUCACUUGAACACCGCAAUGAUUAUAGACAACAUGCACCUUCACAUCAUUAUGAAGACGUGAACUCGGCAUAUUCUCCUGCUCAAUUCUACGCUUCUGAUCGUGGAAACACUCAAGGUGGAUUUCCACGACCUCAUGUCAACCUACAAUACUAG